AUGGCGGUAGUACGCCUGCGCGGACCCCCAGGCGCGGGAGUGGCCGCUCUAGGCAGCGGGGAGGGCGCAGGGUUCAAGCGGGUGGGGAACGAUUGCUGUCUCUCCUCUAUGUCCGAGCCUCUAGUUUCUGGACCUCCCCACGGCGAGACGGAGAGGACGUGGCUGCCUCACACCUUGGAGGGAGAUGACCGGGACCCCGCCCCCAAGAGCGCGGGCCGCAGCCUGCGACAGCGCGUGCAGAAUUUACCGGGCUCCAGAUAG